AUGGUUAUUGGUAAGGAAUGUGUAUGUCCAUUGUGUCCUCAAGCUGUUUCACCUGAUCAGGAACAAGCCUCACGUACAACACAUGAACCAAAGAGUUUGAAUGAAAUUAUAGAGAUACAACAACAACAGGAUCAGCAUCACAGCAGAAAUUUAAUUUUCGAAUCGGAAGAGAUGAAGCAAAUUGAUAAUGAUUGUUCGAAAGAAUGUCUCUAUGGUGGUAGAAGGAUGCAAGAUUCAAUUGAUUCGGUUGGAAAGUGUGAAUGCUAUUGUGGAAAGAAUGAAAUGACACCAGAGAAUCAACCAAUUUAUCCUUGUCAUGAGAUUUGUCAUAACAAAUUUAUUGUGGAAAUUGAGAGGAAUCAACAUGGAUGCCAAAGUGGAUGUGUCUGUUCAAAGAAUAUUGCUUUUGGUAAUGAUUUUAUCAAGCUAAAAUUGGAUAUUAGGUCAAUGGAGGAUAAUUGCAAGUUUUUGGAAAAGUCUAUCAGGAAGAUGAGUGAACAUGAGUGUGAUGAACAAUGUGGAAAGGAUAUUGGUGGGCAACUUGUACCUUAUCUUGUAGUUUUGGGAGAGAGAUCAUUAACAUGCUCUAAUACAAAGUAUUGUAAAUGUAAUAAUCGCUCUGAUACUCAUAAUGGAAUGAGAGUGAAUUCAAAUCAGAGUCAAUGUCAAAGAGAGUGUAAUCAUAUUGUAUCUCAUGUGGAAUAUUCUUUUUCAAAUGAUUUGAAAUGUCACUGUAAAUAA